AUGGUGGAGUUGACAUUGAACCUCCAGUUGAAGGCAACAGAAUGCCUGGAUAGUAGUAUUGAUGUACAGGCUAAGGAUGAGCAGCGAUACCUUUAUACAGACGCAGUAAUGUAUUGGGAGCAUUACCAUAAAAUUAAAGGGGGAUCUUUCUCAUUUAGGGACCUGAAGCCUACUGUUGGAACCAAUCGAGCUUUAGCCAACUUUUACGAUGGUAAUGAACAUUUGAUGAUAUUUGGCAAACCAGUGAUGGAACGCUGGGAGACACCUUUAAUGUAUAAGCUAGCUGAAAUAGUCACUAGUCGAGGUGAAGAAGUUUUGGAAGUGGGCUUCGGUUUAUCUAUAUCAGCCUCAAGAAUACAAUCAUUCGAUAUUGACGAACACGUCAUAAUUGAAGGCAACAAUAUAGUAUUUGAUCAACUCGAGAAAUGGUCUUCUACUGCACCACGUCCAGUACAAUGUCUUAGAGGUCUCUGGCAAGACAUUGCUCCUACUCUACCAGAUGGCACAUUUGAUGGGAUACUGUAUGAUGCAUAUGCAUUAUCUGAAGAAACGUUUCACACUCACUAUUUUGAUUUCAUCAAAGGACACGGUUACCGUCUUUUAAAACCUGGUGGAAUACUAACCUAUUGUAAUGUGAGUUCCGCAGAUGAACUUAUGAAAACAGGAAAAUACUCAGAUAUUAAAAAAUUGUCAGAAACACAACUACCAUAUUUACUUGAGGCUGGCUUUGUUAAAGAGAAUAUUACAAUUGAAGCUUUUACCUGUAUCCCACCACCUGAGUGUCGAUACUACAGCUAUCAUCAAGCAAUAGCACCAACAAUUGUUAAGCAGUAA